AUGAGUACAAUUACUUUAGAACUAACCGAUGCAAGUGCAAUCGAACCUUUGCAUGUUCCUCUUCCAACGACGACCAGUACAUCCGAAGACAGUGAAGACGAAAGUCUUGAGAGUCAUCGAAAUUCGUCAUCCAAUAUUAAAUCGUUUGCUCAAUGUUAUAUUCAACAACUAAAACUCGUUUUUCAAUCUAUCAUCCCGGAUCUGAAAUCAUUUCACACAUGGCAAAUACUUAUUCUUAUUCUCUAUGCAACAUUCAAUGUUGUUUUCUCCUUUCUGGACUUCAAUUCAAUCAUUUUUCGUGAUCGAAAACAGUCUCUAUUCAAAUGGAUCAACGAGUACAAUCAAGGCACACCGUUAUGGAGGCGUGUCUUGCUCUCCUUUACGGGCAUAUCUGCUAUAACAAAUGUUCUAAAUGUCGUUCUUGUUAUUCGCGGUAAGAUGUCGUCCUAUUUCUGGGGUAUCUUAGGCGCGAUUUUCUAUGGAACGUUUGCAUUUGCCAAUGGUUAUGCCGGCGACGCUCAAUUGUUCGUAUUCUUUUUUCUACCUAUGCAAUUUGUUGGCAUCCAUAUCUGGUCUAAAGAAUUAGACACAGAAUCGACAGCCCGUGUCAAAUCAUUGAAAUUCUCUGGCUGGUUACUCAUUAUUCUAUUAAGUGGUGCUUUCAUACUUCUGUUCUAUUAUGAAAUUCCGAUGUUUUCGAAAUUGUUAACAUCGAAAUACUUAUUUGAACAAACGCCCGUGCCGCACGUACUCGAUGCUCUUACAAAUGGAUUGAGCGUCAUGGGACAAUUUCUGUGUAUUGCUCGAUACUGGGAACAGUAUAUCAUCUGGACAUUUGUCAAUUUGUUGUUAAUCGUCAUGUACAGUGGUGAGCAUGAGAAGAGAGAAAUUUUUUGA